UUCGACUCAGCGUAACCUAAUUGCCUUAUGUCGACAGAGAGAGAGAGAGUGAGAAGAAGACGAGGACUGUAAAAAGAUAGAAGGCAGGGAGAAAACAAACGGAAUAAUAAAAAGCCUAUCUCGCUUGUCGACUGAAACUAGGAUUUCAAAGCCAGACAGAGUGACAUUAGUUGGGCGUCAAGUGAUACAAGUUUACAAGAGCUUCGAAAGGAAGCGAGUGAGACUAAGUGAACUAUGUUACAUUUGUCUGAGUCAGUUGUCUGAGUGGCUGGAAUUUAGCUGCACAGAGAGAGAAACUUGCAGAUACAGCUCCAACUACUGCCUGGAUUCAGGAAACUCAGCAAAUACGGACUACAGUGUUACACACUGAAAUAUUUUUACUAGUGAAAAAAGCUCGUUUGUUUUGGAAAUAUUCUCAAGGAUUUCUACUACUCCAGACAGCAGGCUGAAGAGAUCCCAGAGAUGAUUAGCUGUAGAAGCUGAGACUUGACGAGACAGAGGAUCUUGAAUUAGGUGCUAUUCUAAAAGCCUAACGGGCUGUAUAGUAUUGGUGUUGAAGACAGGUGUGUAGUCUUCCCUUGGUCUUUGGUGUGUGGCCUUCUCUGUGCUGCAGUGGAGGGCUUCACAGACACAGCUACUGUGGCUGGAUGCAUCACGCAGUAGAGCAGUUUGGCGGGCGUGGCACACGGGACUCCUUCCCUCUGGACGGACUCAGCCGGGUACCAUGGCCUCCCGUGGUCAACCGCCCCACCUGGGCGCAACCUGCCAGGUGUUCGCCAGGUGUCAAUCAACACCAGCUCCUCCCCCAUCCAGCGCCAAGUCACAUGGGCGGACUGAACCAUCCCAGUAAAUUCUUCAAUAAUGGGCCCAUGCAGGUUCGUGGCGGUGAAAAGCUGGAGCUGUCCCAGGCCAUGUUACCUAGCCUCCAGAGAGGGGACCAGCAACGCCCCCUUCCUCCCCCCCACCGGGUGUGGGAACAGUUGGGUCAGCUGUAUGACUCCCACCCCCCUCCUCAUUCACUUGUACCCCUACCUAGCGACCACACACCCCGCCUGCACAGUGGUGGAUACAGCACUAGGCCGCCUACCCACCUGCCUUCCAGACCCAAUCAGCUACUGAAGUAUGAGGGUCCUCAGGAGCAUCAUGUUCCCAGGGGUCCAGCAUCACUGGGUGAUGAUAUGUGGUCUCAGGUUCAGCAGCAGCAGCAGAGGGGUUACCCAGGGAAAAUGUUGGGGGGGCAGCUGAAGAGGCCGGCCCCCCCUCUAGGGGAGCACUCGGUCAUCCAGCACACCCCGCCCCCCUCCCUUCACCCCUCUCGCCCCAAUGAGGACUGCCCCAGUCCUAGCAAGAGGAAGAGGAGCUCUGAGCAGAUUCCUCACCCUGGCAUGCAGAGGUUCUCUGGCCCAGGAGGACACCCCCUGCCCCCCCAGCAGCAGCCCCCGGCCCACCUCCCCCCUCCCCCACCCAAACCUGCCUUCUGGAACCCCAUGCAUAAGGGGAACGCCCCCUGGGCCCAGCCCGAACGCAGGAACGGGCCUUCAGAGUUCCAGAUCAGAACUGACUCAGCCAAGUCAGGUCUGGGUGGCUACACCUACAAACCCCCCCCCCCCCUCCGCCCCCUCGCCAAUCUCCCCACCCCGCAUCUCCUCCCUGGGAGACUACCCCCAGGGGCGUGGCGGGCCCCCCCCACCCCACAAGCCCCAGUUCCCACCUCAGGCCCUCAAUCAACCCCCCACAAUAACCACCCCCAGUACCCCAAACAACCAGCUCCAGCCCCGCCCCUCAUGGGGAUGGAGCCCCGGGGAGGUCCUCCUACCCCCCAGAGAGGCCCUACCACUGGGGGCCGAGGAAUCAACAACCAGCCCCUCUCUCAUCCUCCUCACCACCAAGCUCCAGCAAGGGGGGACAGUAGAGGAGAAAGGGACAGUAGGGAGCCCCCCCAACCCUCACCAGCAAACCACACCGGCGUGCCUUACAGCCACAACCCACACCCCCACUUCCAGCCCCACCCGGGGCUGGGGCACACGGCCCCACAACCCCGUCCUCCUGCCCCUGCCUGCAGCACCGCAGUACCUCAGCAGCACAACCCCACCACCCCACACCACGAGGCCUGGCGGCCCCAGGGCCAGGGCAGGCCACAAAGCAACCACCCCCCGGAGUCAGGUCUCUACAGGGCAGGGCCGGUAUCUCAGGGGCAGCAGCAGCAUCAGAACCAGGUCGGGGAGACCCGGGGUCCUGCGCCCCUCCAGCAUCAUCAGCACCCCCGCCCCCACAUCAGCCCCCCUCAGGCCUCCCCCAUACCUCCUACCAGGACGCCAGUCAUCACCCCCACCUUCACCCCCCAGCCCCCCUGCUCACAGUCACAUAACAACCGCUACAGUAGUAGUAUGACUGGACCUGCACUCUCCACUGUGACCACAGCGCCGCCUGCUGUGUGUUCAGCUAGCAACACCCCCAGCAGCAGCAGCAGGAGAGGCAGGGAGACGAUGGGAAUGCUCCACCAGACCUCAGUUCCAUCUCAGCUGGAGAGGGACCCAGAGAGGGGGCCCAUCCACCCCAUGCUGCACCCAGGGUAUCAGGGAGCCCGUGUGGGCACUGCCAGCCACCCUCACCCCCAGCGGGCACCACCCAGGCCCCAGCAGCAGCCUAGCCACCACCACCAACCGUCUGUCCAGGGGAAGGGUUACUACGGACGGCCUGAGCCUGAUCGCACUCCUUCCUCUUCGUCAUCAUCCUCAGGACACCAGAGGGCAGGGGAGAGCGUCAUCACCAGCAGAGGGUCUCACCCCAACCCCCUCCCGCAGACGACGGUCACUAGCUCACCCCAUGACCGCACCAUGACCGCCCCCCAAACCCAAACGGUCAACUCUGCCCCUCAGCCAGCCUCCAAUCCCUCUUACUCCAGACUCUGUGCCCAGUCUACACCCCAGCCCCCCCAGGCUACCACCACCUCAGCCCAGGGGUAUCUUAACUCUCGACCCCAGCCACCUCCACCCUCAGCCCCCCAGUCCAUGGAGGAGGCCCUGGAUAAACUGGAUGCUGAGCUGCAGGGUCAUAUGCAGGCCGAGGAGAGGAGGAUGGACUGGGAGAGAGAGCAGGAGUUAAGGAAGAGGAGGGAUUGGGAGAGAGAGCAGGAGGAGAGGAAGAGGAGAGAUUGGGAGAGAGAGCAGGAGGAGAGGAAGAGGAGGGAGUGGGAGAGGGCGGAAGAGGAGAAGAAGAGAAAUAGGGAAUGGGAAAAAGAGCAGGAGGAAAGGAAGAGGAGGGACUGGGAGAGAGAGAGGGAGGAAGAGGAGAGGAAGAAAAGGAGGGAGUGGGUGAGAGAGGAUGAGGAGAGGAAGAGGAGGAUGGAGAGGAAGGCGAAGGAGGAGAUGAGCAGGAGCAGUAAGGGGAGAGAGGAGUCCGCCAUUGAGAGUCUGGAGAGACUCCUGUCAGGCAGCACUUCUUCUGCCCCACCUCCUCCUCGCCUGUCCACUGUCUCCACCUCCUCCUCCUCCUUUGUCCUACCUCCACCCCCACCCCCCCCCAGCCAGUCCUCCUCCUCGCCCCCCUACCCCUGGCUGAGCCGGGCCGGGGCACCCCCUUGUCCCCCAGGCCAGGCACCACCGUCUCCCGCCCCCCUGGAGAGGUCGCAGCCGCCCCCUCUCACCCCCCAGACGGAGUAUGCCAGGGAGAAGCAGAGGCAGAGGGAGAAAUGGGGUGGGAGUCCCCCGUCGUCAUCUCACAGUAGUAACGUUACCUCAGGGAACAACGCCCGGUCCUCGUUGGGGCUUUCCUACCCUAACAACCCCUCUGCUGUUACCUCUUACCCCAACCACCCCUUAAAUAACACCACCAUGCGAGGCACCCCCCGUCCACCCAAAGACACCCCCCAACCCAAGGAGAAGGCUAGUCAGCAGGCCAGAGGAGGAGUGAUGGGGGCUACAGGUCCCCUCCACAGCUCCAUCAGCAUCACCCUCCGAGAGCCCCCCAAACUCUUCCAGGCUUUCCCCAGGGACAGCCUUUCGUCCGGGACCAACCCCUCCAGAACCACCAGCAGCACCUCCAGCACAGGGGGUCUCCUCCACAAGCGCAUGCCCAGCGGAGGCCUAGGCAGCCUGGGUAGCAGCGCCAGCAGCAGCAGCAGCGGAGACUCGGACAGCGCCCAGUUUGAGGAGGAACCAUCGGAGCUCUCUACGUUACUCCCAGACGGUCUGGCCAACAUCAUGGCCAUGCUGGAUGAGUCCAUCAAGAAAGAGGAGGAAUCUUUCUAUAGCAGCGACCGAAACAGAGCCAGACAAAACAUUGUCAACACCUUCUCUGAUACCAUGCCACCGGAUAAGAGCUACCUGUGUGCCCCGGACCUCAUUCCGGCGCCCAAGCAGCAACCGCAGGACGACUUUGUUGGAGCAAACCUCCACGCCAGCCCCCCCGUGUUGAGCCGACAGGGCUCCCUGGCCUCCCCCUGCAGUCGGACCUCCUCCCUCAACGAGGAAGAGGAGGAGGGUUGUCCCACCCUGAAACUCGCUCCGGAGCUCCACAAGCCAGCCGUCCCGCUCAACCCCAACCCCCAGUCGGGGACAAACUACCGCCACAGCGACCUGGCUAAACUCUACGGUCUCCCGGAGCCCGCGAAGAGCGAAUGCGACGACGAAGAUGAGGAAGAGGAGUCGGAGACCCCGUCCAGUUCCCCUCCCCCGCCCCAGAGGCCCCACCUCCACCAGACGGGGGUGAGCAGCACCUUCAAGUCCCAGGCCGCCCUGGAGAACCAGAAGUACACCUACAGAGGAGGUCCGUUUGGCCGCCCGCCCCCCUCCGCUCUGGGGGGAGUGAAGUACUCCUCUUCCCUCUCUCUGGGUCCCGACAUCCAACAGCAGCAGAAUGGCACCUCCCCCACCUCCGAUUCCACCAAUCACCAGGGCUUUACACCGUCGUUGACCCCGCCCCGAAAGCCCCGCCCACACUCCCCCUCCAACUGGGAGGCGAAGAGACAGGUCAGUAUCAAGAUGGAGGAGCCUGAUAUCUGGAGAGAUGGGAGGGAGGCCAUGGAGAAGAGGAUCCAUUCCUCAAACGAAGAGUCACAUUUGAAUCCCUCCACACAAUCCAUCAAGAUGGAGCCGAAAGAAGAGAUGAAGCUCACUACCAUCUCUGAGUCUUCUCUGGCCGAGCUGGGCCGGAGCUGUGAGGUCUUCCUGACCCGGCACUCCAACUCCCUCCCCAGCAACAACACCUCAGACAGGACCAAGACUGAGCUGAAACACGAGGACAGGCACCACAAGCCUGAGAGGGAACGAGACAGAGAGAGAGACGGAGAGACAGAGAAGAAGAGGAAACACGGCAGCAGCAAGAAACACCAGGACAGGAAAGAGAGGAAGAAAAAGCACAGAGAGAAACGAGAGGAGAUGUCCUCCUCCCACUCCUCCUCUUCCUCCUUCCAAUCCAGUUCCAAUUCCAAACGGCACAAGGAGGGCAAAGUUCACAAGGAGAAGAAGGAGCACCUGCGGAUCCUCGGGAACCUGGACCUCCAGAGCAAGGAGAUCCGGGAGAAGGACCGCGACCACGUUCACUCUGACAUGGAGAGAGACCGGAAGAGGGGGAAACAGGCCGGUUCCACCAGCGGAGACGAACCCUCAGAAUGGGCGUCCCAUAGUAGAAGUGAGAAAAGUUCUGGUGUCAUGUCCUCUUCUCAGGGCAGUGAGGUUGGAUCGACACUGCAGGGUUCGGCUGCUGACUUCAUGAAACUGAAGGCCCUGUCGGACGGGCCACCCAAGGAGCUGAAGAUCAGGCUGAUCAAGGUGGAGAGCGGAGACAGAGAGACGUUCAUCGCCUCGGAGGUGGAGGAGAAGAGGACACCCCUGGAGGAUAUCAACAUAAACAACACAGCCGCAGAGGUCACACGGGCCUGCAAGGGUGCGAGGGUGAAGGGGAAGUUCAGAGAGUCCUACCUGCUCCCUGCGUUCUCUGUCAAGCCCCUGUUUACCACAGAGCCCAUCCCACGGGAGAAACUCAACCCUCCCACACCAAGCAUCUAUCUGGAGAGUAAGAGAGAUGCCUUAUCCCCAGUACUACUGCAGUUCUGUACAGACCCCAAGAACCCUGUUACUGUCAUCAGAGGACUGGCCGGAUCCCUACGACUCAACCUGGGUCUGUUCUCCACUAAGUCUCUGGUGGAUGCUAACUCUGAGCAUGCUGUGGAGGUGAGGACCCAGGUACAGCAGCCUGCUGAUGAGAACUGGGACCCUAGCGGCACAGGGCAGACCUGGCCCUGUGAGAGCAGCCGCUCACACACCACCAUCGCCAAGUACGCCCAGUACCAGGCCUCCAGCUUCCAGGAGAGCCUCCAGGAGGAGAAGGGGAGUGAUGAAGAAGAUGAUAACGAAGAUGAGGAAGACAAGGAGAAGAAGAGUAAGGAGACUAGCUCUGAGACAUCUAACAAAGACCCCACAAGCAAAGAGGCUACCAGUACCGAGCUGAAACCAGUGGGGAAGAUCAUCAAGUUUGGCACCAACAUUGAUCUGUCAGACCCCAAGAGGUGGAAGGCCCAGCUGCAGGAGCUCCAGAAGCUACCAGCCUUCAUGCGCGUGGCGUCCAGCGGUAACAUGCUGAGCCACGUGGGCCACACCAUCCUGGGCAUGAACACGGUCCAGCUCUACAUGAAGGUCCCCGGGAGCCGCACGCCUGGCCACCAGGAGAACAACAACUUCUGCUCUGUGAACGUCAACAUUGGGCCUGGAGACUGCGAGUGGUUCUCUGUGCAUGAAAACUACUGGCCGGCCAUCAACGACUUCUGUGAAAAGCAUGGAGUAGACUACCUGACCGGUUCCUGGUGGCCUGUUCUGGAGGACCUGUACCGCUCCAACAUCCCCGUGUACCGCUUCAUUCAGAGACCAGGAGACCUGGUGUGGAUCAACGCAGGGACCGUCCACUGGGUCCAGGCUGUGGGCUGGUGCAACAACAUCGCGUGGAAUGUGGGACCUCUCAACUCCUACCAGUACCAGUUGGCCCUGGAGAGGUUUGAGUGGAACGAAGUGAAGAAGGUCAAGUCCAUCGUCCCCAUGAUCCACGUGUCCUGGAACGUGGCCCGCACCGUGAAGGUCACCGACCCAGACACAUACAAGAUGAUCAAACACUGCCUGCUGCAGUCCAUCAAGCACAUCCAGGUUCUGAGAGACCAGCUGGUGACAGCAGGGAAGAAGAUCUCCUACCAAAGCCGGGUGAAGGAUGAGCCAGCCUACUACUGCAACGAGUGUGACGUGGAGGUGUUUAACCUGCUGUUUGUGACGUCUGAGAGUGGCAGCAGGAAGACCUACGUGGUCCACUGUGAGGACUGUGCCCGCCAGAGGAACCCCAGCCUCUCCAACAACGUAGUGGUGUUGGAGCAGUACCGCAUGGAGGAGCUAAUGAGUACCUACGACACAUUCAACCUGGCUGCAGCACCCAGUUCACGGUGAUGAAGAUCCUCCACGUCUCGCAGCCAUAACCAAAACUCCUGCCAGACAGGACUAAACACACCUUUUAAAAUGUCUUUUAACCUUUUUUCCUUCAUUAUUUAAGAUUUUUUUUACUACUACUUGCCGAUCAAAACAGCCAAUCGAAAACCAGUUUACUACUCAUCAUCACUGUUUACAAAACCAAACCGCCAAUCAAACUCCAGUUUACUUUUGUUGUCUACGGUGCUCAAGACCAGCUUACUGGUUUCUGGAGGACUUGAAGAAACGGAAAGGCAGUUGGUGCUAGCUACCAUUGUAAACACGCAACUGAGUGGACGGUUGUUAUCAAUGGCAUGAAUUUGUGUUAUUUCCGGAUUUCUUAAAACAAAUUGUCGUCUUGAAUACUGAAAUGUGUAAAUGCUGUUUGUAUUUUUUUGUGGGGUGCUGUUUUUUUCUAAAAUAAUUUAUUUUCCUUUUUUUUAAGACUAGAUCAGCCUAGAUAUAUACCACAUUGGCCUUGUGACUUGUAUUUAGAAGAUAAAUAAGAUGGAAAAUACUAAUAAUAGAGAGAUGACAUUUUUCUAAAAGCAUUAAGAAUAAGAAGACACUUUUUGUUUGGAAUGCUUCGAAACAUACGGGUUUUAAAGACAAUUUUGUUUUUUAGUUCUUGUCUUUCUGACUCUUGUAUGUGUUGUAAAUUUUGUGUUUUUACAAAUGUAUAAUGUUUAUUUCCUUAGGAGAGAGAAAGAAGGCAAUUGUCACACCUCUUUAGGAGUACAUCAGGUCUUUGUUUUAAUGAAUUGUUUCCAUUUUUCAUUGUGAUUAAUAUUUCAGUUGGUGUAAUAAUUAAUUGUGUUGUACCUCUGAUUUCAUUUUGUUUAGUUUUUUUUUUAUAUACAGAUUUAUUCUUUUUUUGGGGGGGGGUUGUACAUUGUUCUUUUUUUAUUUAAAAUGUGUCUCGUAUUUAUUGGAUGUCAAUGUUCUCCCCUUGUUUUUAUUAGGGUUGUACAAGUUUGAAAGGUUUUUUAUGGUGAUUUCUAAGUCCUCUGUCACAACUGUGUUACAGGAGGACAACGUUUUCUCUGGUGCUUCUUCUGGUUCUAUAUAUAUAUAUAAAUGAUAUUUCUAAUGAAUAUAACUUACACCUUCCCCUGUAGUUGCUAGGAUACACAGCUGAGGUAGAAAAUUGACUAACGGAAUACUGUCUUUGUAAUGCGUGAAAAAAACAAAACUACAUUUUCUGUACUUUUUUUUUAUCUGAGAAAAUGUAAUUUAGUUUUUCAACCUUUUUAGGGGCCUUUAGAUUACAUGAAUGAUUUAAAUAAUAUCUGUUGGAGUAUUGACAGCUCUCUGAUGAACAAUUUCUUCUUUUUAUUCCUUUUUAAGAUGAGAAUUCUAUUUUUCCUGUUCCAAAAUACCUUUUAUUUUCCUUCUCUUUGUGGUCAUUCAUUUUAAACUGCACUGUUUAGAGAAUUCACACACACACACACACACACAACAAACUGAGCCAGACAUGUCUUAAACACUUUGUGAAUUUGUGUGACAUUACUAUGACUAUUAUUAAUAAAUAAAUGCUUUUGAUAAAGCCACA